AUGGGCGAAUCCAAACUGAAAUUAUCUUGGUCUGAAAUUAUUGGAUCACGAGACUGGCGAACGAAGAAUUGUGGAUGUGACAGACAGGCACACUGCAUCUUCUCUGAUUCUUCACUAGAAGAUAUUAAGUUUCCAAGGAUUUGUAAGAAGUACCUCAAGAAAGUUUUAUUGAUGUCAGACGUUGUGAGAUCCAGUAAUGUUCCAGCAAAUAAUGCCAAUGUAAUGGACGGUCCUAGCUCACAAAAUAUUGCAGAGAAACCAAUGGUCAGCUCGAACACCGAUAAAUCUACUGGAACAACCAGUUCGAAUUUCACUGUGCCAGUCUUAGACCAACUGAAUAAAAGUUUGAUUGACAAAAUUGAGAUCGACCUGUGUAGCCGCGAUCUUACAGACCUACAUUCGCGCCUUAACUUCCUCGUGUCAAGGGGACUUGGACAUGGCUCUUCGAUUGUUCGUGACCUUUGCCCUCCCAGCUUUCAAAGGGCUGUGGUGAAAAGUUUCCCCACCUUUGUCCCGUACCUCUCUUCUCUUCUGCGAGGAAUCACGAAAAGUGGUGCACAAAAUAAGAAGUCGCCGCCGCCGCUGUAUUGCUCAAAGAAUAUUGAUGUCGAUCUCACGAGACGUUCCUCGCGCCCGUUAAAUCGCGCCUUAUCGCUUCUUCAACUUGUUCGAGUAUUUGAAUGGCAGUUGCGUUGGUUCUUUGCGUCCCGGUAG